AACUCAACCAAAUUUUUUGAAAUGCCAGCAUCUUAUUUUCUAUAAAUUACUCAGUCCUCCCUGUUGGUUGGCGUGCUGUUAUCAGCCCUCACCUUUUGCGUGUGAGUCAGUAUAAGUGUGUUAAUGACUAUAGCUCUACAGCUAAAGCCCAAGCUCAAGCUACUCGGGACUGGCGAUCGGUUUCAGUAUUCGAUGCAACCAGCUCACGUUAACACAGCUCGCUAAAAAAAUGAAGCCCGCAGUUAAAAUUCCCAUUGCUUGUUUGCUGUUUCUGGCGACUGAAAUUUUUGCUCAGGAUGUAAAACCAGAAGUUCCAGUAGAUAUUCCGCCAGAAGGAUGGGAACCGACGAUUCCAACAACUGAAGCUUUACCAAUAGAGCCAAGCACAUCUACCACUACAGAACCCAUCACCAUUCCAACAACAGAAUUUUUCACAGCAUCAACAGCAGAACCAUCCACGACUUCAACUACAGAACCCACAACAAUUCCAACAACGGAAUCCACCACAACGUCAACAUCGGAAUCCACGACAACAUCAACAACAGAACCCUCUUCAACUUCAAGAACAGAGCCUAGCACAACUUCAACAACAGAAUCCAUCACAACUUCAACGACAGAGGCCACCACAACUUCAACAACAGAGACAACCACCACUUCAACAACUAAACCCAACACAACAUCAACAACCGAUUCCACCACAACUUCAACAACAAAGCGCACAUUACCUUCAUCAACACAACCCACAACACCUUCAACAACGCAAAGGGAUCCAUUAUAUCCAACCUACAGACCCAUCUAUACGCGACCUACGACUUACCCUACCAGGAACCCUUGGAUAUGGCACGAUCCGACAGAAAAGUGUUAUCUCAAAAACGAAUACGAGUACAGAAUGGUUUGCUAUGGAGGGGGUUGGCGAACGACGGCGAUCUGUUAUCGCUGCUGCUUCUACGAGAACAGCGGUUUUGCCGGAUGCAGUAAGCUUCACCAGGGACGUUGUUCUUGGUAUGAUUCUGGACGAUGGUGAACAUUCAAGACACAAACCUGGACACUUUUCUCGCUAGAGGGCGCCCAAAAUGAUCGCCAGCCUGAAAAAUCUGGAUUAAAGACGUUUCGCCUUUUUUUUUU